AAUACACUUAUUUUUUAUCCGUAAGUUGAACUUUAUACAUUAUGUCCAUCCCAAACCAUCUUUCUUCACAAUUACUACAAUUGAAAAACGAUGAGGAAGUGCGAGUCAUUCUAAAAGAUCAAGACGAAUGUUUAGAGAUCUACAAAGAUACACAGCAAAAAUUGGAGGCAUUCAACAAAUUCAGUAAAGCUCGUUAUCAAGAAGUCUAUAGGCAUUUUGAACUUCAUACAAAAUUAUUAAAAGAAGUCAAAGGAGAUUUAGACGGAGUGUUUAUUAAGCUGAGGAAAAUCAAAAAUCAACUGGCCAUAAAAUAUCCAAACGAAAUGGAAACAGCAAUACAAAAAUACCCACCUCCACAAGUUGAAGACGAUUGAUAGAAAAAU